CUACUGACCUCAACCAUGUCAACCAGGAAGUGAAAAAACAAUUAUGGCAUCAGCAGUUAAUAGUCCAAUAACAGUGAUUUCUUGGUCAGAAUUCCUGGCUGAUCCUGGCCUGAUGUAUGGCUUGUUUGAUAAUGUACCAGGUGUUGUGUCAUACAGCCCAGAGAAAGUCAUGGUUUUGGUUGACAAUGAAAACUCUGAGUCUGCAAGAGAAACCAAUGUCAGGGAACUAACUGUCAACAACUUCGAAGAGUUAGCUCACUUGAAACAUGUAAUAUUCAGCCGCCCCAUCAUGCUAAAAACAUUUGUAGAACAUUCACGGACAAGCUCUUACGGAAGUGUCAGAAUCACCACUCACUGGAAAGGAACAUUUGCCACCUUAAUCAACACCCGCCAUCCCAUUAUUCAGUCACAGUUAGAACCACAGUUUCAGAAAGCCAUGGCUGCCUGUAGCAGAGGAGAAAAGUUCUGCCUUGAGAUUGACCUGGCAGCUUCUCUGAAGCAGUGGUAUGUGGAGAUGCUUGAAAUUGACGAUGUGUGUGCUUCUGUUAGAACAAAGACGAAGUGUUCUCGAUUUUACAUUACAAAUUAUGCCAAGUACAACCACUGUUUUGACUGCAGCGUGUGUUGGUGUGUGUUUUGUGCACCUUGUUGGUUGGUGGCAGCACCUAUCUAUAAGCUGCAGAGGAAGAUUAAGUGUACAGAUAUUGGCUUAGAUGUGGAAGCUCCAGUUGUGAUGAGGACACCACUCAUUCGAGGACAUGUGGUAGAAAUAAUGCCAGAGAGCCAACGUCACCUCCUUGAAGAACAGACCAAUCGGUUGGUUCGGGCAAGUGAAGCGGAGCCUACCAUUAUAGCCCGUCAGCCGGUACAGACACGGCAACCAUGGGGGGCUCCUAUACGAGAAGAUGCCAGACGGCCAGCUGUCCCACGGGAGCCUUGGAUGUUUCAGCCUGGGGUUGAUGUCACUGCAAGGCCUGCUGUGCCACAAGAAUCUGCUCCACCCCCAUCCUAUGAUGAAGCUGUUGCUGCUGGUGCUACUAAUGCUGGUCAGUCGGAAACAUAGCGGAGCUGCAACUUGUAACACUACCAGAGGUGUUUUGACAUGCAAUAUUGCAUGAAGGAAUGGUGAACUUGUGGCACUAGGGAGAAGUUACUGUUACCAAGGAUUGAUUCACAUCAACGUUUAGUAUUUCCUUGCUGUUACCGAUGGUGCCUAAACAUUAUUUUGUGUUGUAUAUAUAUGUUACACACUUAUUGUAACUUGAAUAGUUGGAAGAUUGUGCUAUAUAUUGCUUUAUUAUGGGAAGGCAAUCACUAGGAAAGUACAAAAAAAACCUUAGAUGAAUCUGCAUGGCCCAGAGGGAGGGGCACUGUCAAUUAUACAUACAUGUGUAGAGAGCAUCGUUUAGUUUUUGAUAGGCCCUCUCUAUCAGGUACAACAAUCUCAAAUCUGGUAGUAUUGCCGUCAACUCAAAGUUAUUAUAAUGUCAAGUUUCCUUGCCUCCAUGAGACCUGAUUUGUGCAACAUUGUGCCAUUUGUCACUUUAAAUCGUCCCUUGUCAUGAAAACUGGUAACAAGCUCAACAUACAAGAGAUGAUUAUUUAUGUGAUUUGACUGCUGCCAAGGUGCUAACGUCUUUGGGUGUUUAAUCCAAGGACUGUAUAUGGACUGAAUUUGUGAACUGAAUUAGUUUUCUCCACUUUUGUCUGAACGCUUUCAAAACGUACUUGUACAUGUAUUGUUAAAAGGGAAGUUUGCCUUCUUUUGUAAAUUUACAAAUUUCCUGUGUCAAAAGUGCAACAUACAUGUAUAUGCAUUCAAGUGUAUGCAUGCAGUUGGUGGACUGUCUUAACAGUUUGCCCAUAUUUUGUACAUUAUUCCUGCAACACACUAAGUAAUUCAUCGCAAAGGACUUCGAUGCAGCUGGUCAAAUUGCAAUGAAUGGCUCCGUAUGCAACCAGCAGGUUGUAGUAGGUUGCUAUCUUGAUUUUUUGUAGAUGAGUAACUUGUCGUGUAAUGUUCUUUUUCAAACAAACUAUGGAAGUGAUGAAUUGCAAUUCAUGCAAGUAGUUGAACUGCAAUGAAUCCCUUAGUGUGCAGCAGGCAUUACAAUCUGUGUUAUCCCCGAGUGUCAACGGUUUUGAUAACUGAAGUUGUUCUUGUUAACACCUCCAUGGCAUGUGUAAAUAUAAAUUGGAAUUUUCAUAUUGGCACAUUUGAAACACGUUGUCCAUCCUUCUCAAUAAACAUUGUUUGAGUGACCCAAUUUUCAUACACAAGGCCAAACUAAUAAUUAAAUUUUUGAAUAUUGUAUAUAAACUCCCAUUGGCUAUUUCUUAUUUAAAAAUAAACUCAUGUAAUGACAA